GAGUAAAGCUUCCUGCAACCUGCAGUUCCCCUCCAUCCUGUAGAUCCCGUGCAAAUGAAAUAAUUUGCCGCUUCUUCUCCACGUCCAAGAAGGCAGCGAGACUGUGACGGCUCCCGCUGGGGAAUGCUGAUCACAGCCAGGAGAGAUUGCAUCGUGUGUCUGCUGCUUCUGAUUCAGACGUUGGUCCCCCCUUAAAAAAAACAUCAAAGAGGGAAAGAGAGCAGGGAAAGAAAAAAAAUCCAACAAGCAGCGAGACCUAUGCGUUUUGCAUUUCAAGUCAGCAGCUUAACAACUCGACAGAGAAGUUUACAACACCAACCCAAUCUUCUGGGGUGAGAAGCGCCGCUCCCAAUACUGGAAGAAUCCACAUCGUGUUUGCUUCGUGGAUUGCUAUGGAGCGAAUGACUGCUCUCACCAGCUGCGUGUCGACGAUAUUCUGGUUUCUGUUCCUAAACGCAGCAUUCCGCCCAAGCUUUGCAAUGUCUGAUGAAGCCAAGAACAACAUCACAAUCUUCACAAGAAUCCUCGACAGUCUUCUGGAUGGAUAUGACAACCGUCUGAGACCAGGCUUGGGAGAGCGGAUAACACAGGUCAAGACUGAUAUCUAUGUAACAAGCUUCGGGCCUGUUUCAGAUACUGAUAUGGAAUAUACAAUAGAUGUAUUUUUUCGCCAGAGCUGGGAAGAUGAAAGGUUAAAAUUCAAAGGACCCAUGACUAUACUUCGUUUAAAUAAUUUGAUGGCCAGCAGAAUAUGGACACCAGACACUUUCUUCCACAAUGGAAAAAAAUCAGUCGCGCAUAACAUGACUAUGCCCAAUAAACUGUUGAGGAUAACUGAAGAUGGAACACUCUUAUACACAAUGAGAUUGACAGUUCGUGCUGAGUGUCCUAUGCAUUUGGAAGAUUUCCCAAUGGAUGCUCAUGCAUGUCCUCUAAAAUUUGGCAGUUAUGCAUACACAACAUCAGAGGUCAUGUACACGUGGACACACGGAGCAUCCCAAUCAGUUGUUGUAGCUGAAGAUGGCUCCCGUCUGAAUCAAUAUGACUUAAUGGGACAAAGCGUGGGGACAGUCAUUAUUAAAUCCAGUACAGGUGAAUACGUCGUUAUGACUGCUCACUUUCACUUGAAGAGAAAAAUUGGCUACUUUGUAAUUCAAACAUACUUACCAUGCAUCAUGACAGUUAUUCUCUCACAAGUAUCAUUCUGGUUAAACAGGGAGUCUGUCCCUGCAAGAACCGUCUUUGGGGUCACAACUGUAUUGACCAUGACAACUCUGAGCAUCAGUGCCAGGAACUCACUCCCCAAAGUUGCAUAUGCAACUGCUAUGGAUUGGUUCAUUGCUGUUUGUUAUGCUUUCGUGUUUUCAGCACUUAUUGAAUUUGCUACAGUGAACUACUUCACAAAGAGGAGUUGGGCUUGGGAUGGAAAAAGCUUAGUUCCUGAAAAGAGAAAGGAAAAAGAUCGAGAGGCUCUAUUGAAGAAAAACAACACCUACACAGCAACAUCAGCGAACUUUGCCCCAAACAUUGCAAAGGAUGCAGGUCUGGCAACUAUUGCGAAGAGUGCCGGUGCAGAAUCCAAAGAACCCAAACCAGAGCAAAAGCCUCCAGAACCGAAGAAAACUUUCAACAGUGUCAGCAAAAUUGACAGACUGGCCAGAAUAGCAUUUCCAUUAAUGUUUGGCAUUUUCAACUUGGUUUAUUGGGCUACUUACUUGAAUCGAGAAUUAGUUAUCAAAGGUGAUGAUGAGCAUAACUAG